CGCCGCCCCAUGCUCUCCUACUGAGGCUUUCAGACUCCAGUCCCUCCGUCUAUCCACAGCCUAUCGUACACAAGCUAUCUCACCGGCCGCAAAUACACGACCAUUUCCUAUCCCGGAGCUGUAUUCAACGGCGACUUGUUCGUGAGACUUGAAUCAUGAAUGAAAUGAACAGACCCAUCGCCUCGGGGCCCACUGUGCAAACAGUCUCCACCGAGGAAAUGUACCAGGUCAUCACGGGGGCGUCAUCGCAGGAUCCGACCGUGUUCCAAGCGUCGGGCAAGCGCCUCAAAGAGAUGCUCGAGAUGUUCGGUGCCUACGACGCGUUGCACGAGAUCGCCGCGCAGAGAAACGUGCCGGUCGCGAUUCGCCAGCAAUCUAUCAUCCAAUUCAAGAACGCUGCUUUGCCGCACUGGCGCUCUCGAAAGAUAUUGUCCGAUGAGCAAAGAGUGCGGAUCCGCCAACGGUGUUUCUCGUUCUUGGACGAACCGGAUGAGACGAUCGCAGACUGCAACCAAGUCAUAGUUUCUAAGAUUGCCAGAAUCGACUUCCCUGUUAAUUGGUCCAAUCUUGUGGACGAGCUACUUAAAAUCAUCGAUACGACCCUGACUGCUCGGUCGGCGGACCCUGCCAAUGACAACCCACAAAAUGUUCUGGUCCUGAAACGAAGCCUAAAGAUUUUCAACGGGAUCAUCAAAGAACUCGCAGCAGUGAAGAUGCCGUCCGGUGUCAAAACGAUGGCCAUGGCAAGUGUUGACGAGAGCACAAGGCCUACUUGCUGGAUAUUAUUCCGCGCUGAUGUUCUCUUCAUACAUUACUCCAGAUAUGAGUGCUUCGCUCUCCAUUCGUGGCAACAACGACAUCCUGCUUGCGCACCUCGUUUACAAACCUCUCUCGAAACUGGCUGUUUGGCUGUGGAACCGGUUGGACAAAGGCGGGAGGGAGGGACUCGAUCUCGAAGCGGGACGACUAUGGGUACGGACCAGUUUCCUUUUGGCUGUCCUGAUGAUGACCUGCACAUAUCAAAGGUCGGGUCCUUUGUGGAAGGAUCCAAGAGUGCGCUGCAGCAAUUGGUGGCGUGGAGGAUAACGAUUCUUCAAAGUUACAACACGAAUCCCUUUGCCGUAGCAGCUGCCGACACGCUGACACGACAUAUCCGGCUACUCGGGAAACUCUUCAGGCGAUUACAAGAACUGUCCGCGGCAAGAUUCACCACAAUCCCUUGCUCCGCAGAGCUGGUUGCAUACUACUGGCAGCAAGUUGUCCAGGCCACGCAGACCCCUGCGUUGAUCAAAGGUGGCCAAGAGCCGGAUUCACCAGAGGCCAUAUAUCCUGUGCGCUUUCUAGUGCAAGGAAUGGUUCUGUUCAAGGAGAAUCUAGCUCAAUGGAAGCCUGUUCGGAACGACGGCAGCGCAAAUCCAGCUUCGUUAUCCGCGGACGACGUACGCAAUGCUAUCGAAACCUUGAUAACACAGUUCAUGCCGCUAAAAGAAGCAGAACUGGAGGGCUGGGUGGCUGAUCCCGAGCAGUGGGUCAAUGACGAAGUCACGGAAAAUGACCAAUGGCAAUUUGAGAUCCGGCCCUGCAGCGAACGGGUUCUCAUGCAGCUUGCUACCCAAUUCCCCGAUAUCGUUCGCGUGCUAUUACUGCAACUGUAUAACAAUAGUGCCACUCAGAUCGCGAGUGACCUGGCCGGUGUCGUCAAGAAAGAGGCUUUGUACUGUGCGAUCGGACGUUGUGCCCUGAGGCUGAAGGAUGCGAUUCCGUACGAAGCAUGGCUGCAGACAACUCUUGCUGAAGAAGCCAAAAGUACCAAUCCAGCUUACCCCAUUAUCAAACGUCGGAUUGCAUGGUUGCUGGGAAAAUGGGCCUCUCAACAGUGUAUAUCACCGACAAAUCCUCUCUUAUGGCAGGUCCUGAUGCAUCUGCUGCGGGACCGUGGACCAGGAAGCGAUCCUGUCGUUCGACUAACGGCUGCGUUUGCUCUCAGGGAGGCUGUUGACACUCUCGAAUUCGAUAUCAAUGUCUUUUCCCCGUUCCUUCCCGAUGCUGUCUCCGAGCUGGUCCGACUGCUGGGAGAAGCCGAUACCCUAGAAAUCAAGCGCAAGGUGGAUUACGCUCUCAAUGUCGUCAUUGAGCAAUCGGGAGAGAGGAUAUCGGAACUCAUGCACAUUAUUGCCACUCCGUUGCCAGAUCUUUGGAUGGGUGCCACUGCAGCAGAAGACUGGCUGUUCAAAUCUACUCUCCUUGAGACGUUGGCCAAAUUGGUCGAGGCUAUCAAGGCUAAAUCAGCGCCUCUGGCAGUCCUUGUGCAGCCUCUUGUGACCGAAAGUCUUGCUCCUGGGGCUGCAACACAUCUCGACGAAGACGCGAUGGCGCUCUGGGUUACGUUCCUGCGCAAUGCAGGAACUCUCCCUGGAGAUUCCCCAAUGCUAAAUCUGUUCCCAACUGCCAUAUACUAUCUUUCCAAUCAGUUUGAUAUCCUCGGCAAGACGCUCAAUAUCGUCGAGUCCUACCUGCUGCUGGAUUGCCCCCACAUUCUGCGAAAUUUCUCGCGCGACCUUUUUGCUGCAUUUGUCAAAGCGUUGCAGAGCUCAGCGAUAGUUGCCGUGAACUCCAAAGAUAUCUUGUUGACGAUUAACCUGAUCGUGCAGCUGGCGCCGGCAGAGUUGUGGGGCGAAGCGAUGCAUGCGACGGAGCUUUUUGCGCAUUUGAUGUCGAAUGUGUUCGAAGGAGAGUGUGGGGCAUUGCUAUUGACCGAGCAUAUCUUGCUCAUGGCCCGGAUCGUCAUGGCCGAUCGGCAGAUGUUCUUGCAACUGAUGAGUGCCACUGCGACACCCGCAUUGACCGAGCAGAAGUUGUAUGAGAAGCUGUUGGAUCAGUGGUGGGGCACUUGGGACAACAUGUCUGAGCCGAGGUACCGCAAGCUUUCGGCUAUGGGGAUCGCAGCAUUGGUGUCAACCGCACGGCCCGAUGUCCUGGAACGUUUGCCCGGCGACAUUUUCAACAUCUGGACCGAUGUGCUUCUCGAGCUCAAGGAGGCCCAGGAGGCACCCCAGCAGGAAUUCGAUACUAAUGAUGGCGAUGCACAGCCACUCAAUCUGUUGCGCCAUUGGGAAUUCAACGAAGCGCCGACGACGUUCUAUGAUGGCACCGAGGGGACACCAGAGUAUGAGCGUCGAAAAAUGGUCUACGAGCGGGAUCCUGUGCGGACCUUCCAGCUGACUGCAUACAUCCAAGAGCACCUCGCACAGGCCCGGAAUAAUUGCGGACCGGACGCAUUUGACGCGAAUUAUUUCAACAAAGCUGAUCCUGCAGUCCGGGAGAUGAUUCAAAAGCAGUUGUCGUGAUUAUUGAGCAGGCGCCUCCGAUGAGGAUAGAAUUGCCGUCGACUGUAGCUUAGUUUUUGUGCGAAGAGGAAUGCCGUUUGUUCUCCGUCAAAUAUGCAUGCCGCAUCUCAAAGCGAACUCGAUAUGCAUAAAUAUACCCAGAGAGGGGAGUUCGCCAUUGAGUGGUGAUGCGCACCGCCACCGUGACAUCAUUCUCUUUCUCAUCUCUGUGUGGUGUGAAAGGCACGACCAGAUCUGCCUCGGCUUCAGUGCAAGAAAAACCUGGCUCUCUCUUGUUCUGCCGCCGUCAAGUCGUAUCGGGCCUGGCUUGGAGAGAGAAACUAGUGACCUCUGUAACGCGUCGUAUAAGCACAUCCUGCCACAAAUCGCAUUGAGAGUGCAACGUCUUGGGACCCAACAUUGAUGUGCUUGGUGUCCAGGUUGUCCGAGACAGUUCUUCAGCGAGCAUGGUCCUCCGCCAGUGCAUCACAUCCGAAGAGCAUGCAAUCUGCGCCCCUCCAGCUGUGCAUGACGGGGCUAGACAUGCAGUCGCUUUGGGACACCUUUCGGCUGUGAAAUGGACACCGAAAUUGGCGCUUGAAAGACUGGGAGUCUCGAUGUGCCGCGGCACCAGGAAUCGUCCGAUGCGUGCACAACCGUCACACUGUCCGAGACGUACGACGACGGGAUCUCGCCACUUCGAACCAUCUUCCGAAACGUCCUUGCGGAACUGGGGUGAUUACUGGAGUCACGAGGUUGUCGAGAUGUGAGCAGCGAAUGCGAACGGGCUCUCGUUCGGUUCCGCCGUUUGGCAGUGCAUUGGAAGAAGGGAGUAAUGUUCCGAGUUGUCUGGGUCGGGGCCAACAGAACGGCAGUUCACCGCGCCCAUCAUUGCUUUCCAGGCUGCUAAACGGCUGAAACAGGAACACUAGACUACUUAAGAUCCCUGUAACGGUCUACUGCAUUUAAACAACACAAGAACUGGAUCUCUCCUCCGUUCUUCCAGAUGCGGUCCAGUCCGAUGAUUACGCGACUGCGUUUAGUCACCCCUAUAAGUGGGACCACUUUUGAUAUUUUUUCGGAGGUUCAAAAGAACUGUGUCAGACCGCUCGGUGCUUGGCAACCACCAUGGAUUUCGUCCUCGACAUUCUCGACACCUACGUCCUGGACGACCUGUACGCCAAGGUCAUCCCUCUCUCCGCAUUCGUGCCUUCCGCCAAUGCUUCCAUUUCUGCUGCUGCCUCCUCCGCUUCGCAAUGGGAAAAGAUUGUGUCCUUCUUACCCCGCCCUCCCAUCUCCAUCGACGACGCGUCGUACUCUACUGUCGCACGAUCUAUCCAACUGUCCGCAUGGCCACGGGACUACAUUCCGCGCCAGCUGCUCUCACUGAGCGUGUUCACACUCAUUGGGAUCCACCUGCUAUACUUCAUAUUCGCGUGGCUCUCGUACAAAUUCAUCUUCAACCACGAGAUGCGGCGGCAUCCUCGGUUCCUCAAGGACCAGGAGAAGCUGGAGAUCCAGAGCAGUCUGCGCGCAUUCCCGAUGAUCACACUGCUCACACUACCAUGGUUCCUUGGUGAGGUGCGGGGGCACUCGCGCUUGUACGAUGGGCUGGACGAUUAUGGAUGGGCAUACCUCAUCAUCUCACCGUUCAUUUUCCUGCUGUUUACCGAUUACUGCAUCUACUGGGUCCACCGCUGGCUGCACAUCCCCUUCUUCUACAAGCGACUGCACAAACCGCACCACAAGUGGAUCAUUCCCACGCCCUACGCGUCGCACGCAUUCCACCCCGUGGACGGCUACUUGCAGAGUGUGCCGUACCACCUCUUCGUCUUCAUCCUCCCGCUGCACCGGCUGCUCUAUCUCGCGAUGUUUGUGUUCGUGAACUUCUGGAGCAUCUUCAUCCACGACUCGGAUAUGAUUACGGGGCAUCCGCUCGAGUCUGUCAUCAACGGUCCUGCCCACCACACACUGCAUCACAUCUACUUCACGGUCAACUACGGCCAGUAUUUCACAUGGGCUGACCGCGUCGGGAAGUCCUACAAACAACCACAAUCGCAUCUGGACCCGCUGCUGGAGGUCAAGAAGACGGAGUAAAAAGGCUGCGUGCUGAGUUAUGCAUAUAUAUGAUUAUAGAGAAUAAUGGGCGCUCUGUCUUGAUGCAUUGUAAUACCACUAAUCAAAUACCAAACAUGCUGUGCCAUCAUCA